AUGGGAGGCGAAAAUGAGGACGUCGCGGAGCGAGGCGCGAACAGCAGCAGCGCCGUAACCAACCAGGUUCUAGCAGCAGCAGCAACAGCAGCAGGCGGAUACGCCAUUGGCAGCGCAGGGAACAGUUUUAGCGGCGGUAACCGCGGCGGCGGCGGCGGUGGCGGCGGUGCCGGUGAGGGCGGUGAUGGCGGCGGCAUUGGCGAUGGGAGAGGAGGUGGAGCGGGAGAAGGGAGCGGGAGGUGGGAAGGAGGGCGAGAGGAAGGUCGAGGCGCGCUGGCUAACGUGGCACUGGCAGGACACCCUGACGACCCGCUCUCGUGGUCUGUGGAGGGCGUGGGCGAGUGGCUGCAGAGGGAGGGCUUUGGCGAGUACAGGGAGGUGUUCGCCACUCAGCAGAUCAACGGUGCUGUGCUGCUGCGGCUGACCCGGGAGUCACUGGCAGAGCUGGUGCCGUCAUUGGGGCCCAGAAUGGCCGUUUUGGAUGCCAUAGAAAAGCUGCGAGGCUGGAAGGCAGGACCAAGACACGUGGGCGAGGGGCUAGUGUCAGGCUUGCAUGCCUUUGCUGCUAAAUUCGUGCAUGGGCUGGAUCACCUGCUGAAUGACCCUAUAGAGGGUGCAUCAAAGGAGGGUGUAUCGGGGCUAAUGCACGGCCUUUCCAUGGGUAUCACAGGCGCCAUCAAGCAUCCAGUGGAGGGAGUGGCAAUGCUCUCUCAGCAGCUAGGAGACGGUUUUCGCCGCACCCCCGACGCGCUGUUCGGCCGCUCCCCUGCACUAGAAGACAAACAGGGCUCCGCCCCCCCUUCCCCCGUCAUCACCCCCCUCCCCUCCUCCUCCUCCGCCUCCUCCUCCGCUUUCUAUGGCUCCCCCUCCGCCUCCUCCCCCUUCCCCGCCUCUUUUCCUGGUUCUUCCUCCCGUCAGGAGGACUCUGUGGGGCUGUUAUCGCAUCCCACCGCUCUGCACCUAGACCCAGCGUUUGGGUCCUCCUCCUCUGUAUCCCCUUCUCAAGCUCUGUCCCGUUAUAAGCCCAGCUCGUCCCCUGGAUCAGCAACAAAGAAGCCAGGGUCGAGGAUGGCUGUGGGGGAAGAGAAGGGGGCGGGGGAGGAGAAGGGGGGAGGGGGCGGACGGGGGGGAAGUCCUGGGCAAGGGGGAAGCGGAGGAAAUGGGGGAAAUGGAGGAAACGGCUGGGGAGGAGGCGGGGAGGGUUCUGAAGGGGCGGCGUUGACAGGGGGGGAGAGUGGUGGCGGUGGCGGUGGUGGUGGUGCUAAUAGUAAUAGUGGUGCAGGUGGGAUGGUAGUGGCGAGUGCUCCCACGAUGGUGAGGAGGAUAGAGGAGGCAAAGCCAGACUUUCUCAAGGACGAGGGGGAUGGGUCCCGGCCGACACACAUAGGGGAAGGCAUUCUGGUGGGAAUGCGGUGCUUCGGCAGCGACCUGUAUGAUGGCCUCACUGGGCUCGUGACAGAGCCAAUGAAGGCCAUGGCGAUGGCGCGAGACAAGGGGUCAGGGUCAUCCGCAGUGCCGGCAGCAGCAGUCAUGCGAGGGCUGGCCAAGGGACUUGCAGGUGCAAUCUGCAAGCCCGUGGCAGGGGGCUUUGAGCUGGCACAUGCGACAGUGGAGGGGAUAAUAGCAACGCCGCAGACGCUGGCAGCAGCAGCGAGGGACGGGCCGGCUAUUCAGGACACGCCCACGUACCAGCGCCUUGCUACCCUGCGCCUGCUGCCGGAUCUUAGGCGCCUCAAAGAACCAGGCAUUCAGGACACGCCCACGUACCAGCGCCUUGCUGCUCUGCGCCUGCUACCGGGGCAAUCAUCGGAGGCCAUAUCGCGCAUGGGGCAGGCAGCGCAGCACGGCAGCAUGAGCCCUGCUGCUGCCGCGCUCCACAAGACGCUUAUUGAAUCUUGA